AUGCAGCUCGCAUAUCUGACCCUCCUCGUACUAUACAUCUAUGCCGUUGCUGCCGAUCCAUGUCCUGCAAACAUGGGCUUACCUGGCGGCGUAUACAUAUGCUCCGACAAAAACUUCACCGGCCAGUGCACGUGGAUGCCCCCAAGACCCGCUUGCCGGUACUUUGAUGGGUUUCACCCUACAUCAAUCGGCCCAGAUCCAGGUGGCUACUGCCUCCUCUGGAGAAAUCACACAUGCGAGGGCGAGGCCAUAAGCUUCUGGUUCGGGAAGGUGCAGGCAGAGAAACUGUACUGUCCUGGUAGUGGAGAUGUGCCGCGUGGUGUUCAAGUAGGGAGUUUCAGGUGUUUCGCUGGAGAGUAG